AUGUUACUCUAUAUUUUCCUAUUUCUAACUAUUUGGAUUCCACAAAGUUUUCCUGAACGAACUCCUUUACCUAAAUUUCCAUGGAGUGAUAAUGUUCCAACACUUGAAUUCUCGACUUCGAAACCAAAUAUUAAUCUAACAAGAAGUGUUUUGGUGGAUGAAGUGAAAAGAGGAAGAAUUCCGAAAGAAUUAACACCAUAUUUGAAUAUGACAAUGGUUGAUGAAUUGAAAAAAGAGAAUAAUGAAACUUUGGAUUUUGUAAUAACUGAUGAAGAUGUUGCUGAUAUUCCAGAUGAUGAAGAAGAUCCAAUAAAGAAAUUGAAUACUAUAACACACGAUGGAAAUAAGACUAUUAUUACAAUUUCAGAUGAUGCAAAACAUGAUUUAUAUAAACAUUGGUUGGAUCAAUCCUUAUCUGGAUUAAUGGGUGCUGUUGUUACGAAUGUGUAAGUUCUAUAGGAUGAAAAUAUUCUAAAUUUAUCAGAAAUUUUCAGAAUCAAUAAACGAAAAAUGACAAAGAAAGAAAAACAUGCUCAUUAUAACUGUACACAAGCUGCUAAAAAUGUUACCGCACAUGCAAAAUGUGUUGUAGCUGUAUAUGAACUUGUCAAAAAACGAAAUGAGAAGCUGAAAAUGUAUAGCACUUUAUCGAAAAGAACUCAUAUUCAAAGAAAAGAUAAAGACGAAUCAUGGAAACAUCCAUUAAACGGAUAUGAUAAGUUUGUGAAAUCUGGAGCUGAAGAAUUUCGUGUCAAAAGAGCUAUUAAUUUUGGAUUAUUUGAUGAAUAUGAAAAACAGAAAAAGAUUCAAGUCAAAACUCAGAAAUCAUAUAAACUUCGAGAAGCGAAGAAUCUGUCACCGAUGGCGUUGAUUGCAAGAAGAUUGACGGAAAUUGUUCGAGCUGCAAAAAAUACAACUGAACCACCAAAAAGGUGGCAACAAAUAAUUGCUGAAAUUAAAGAAGAAACUGGAAAAAUUAAGAAGAAAAAGAGGAAUAAGGAAAGAAUGAAGAGGAAAUUCUCGAAAUUUGUUGAUACAAUGAAAGGAACUGGUUUGAAUCCCAAUAAAGCUCUGAAAACAAUGGUGAGUCAGAAAAUUAUGAAAAUCUUGAAAUCUUGUUUUUGUAGGGAAUGGAAGAUUUGUUCGAAGAUGAUCCAAUUUUAUCUGAAAAAGAACAAGACAGAAGAGAUCAGGAAGAUAUGUUAGCCACAAUGAAACCUGAGGAUAAAAUGCUUCAUGAACCAAUAAAACUUAUUCGAGAAGGUAUAAAAUUGGGAAUGAUGUUUGGUGGACAAAAUGUGACAGAUUUUGAUGACAAAAAGAUUGCAUUUCUAUCACCACAAUUUAUGAGUAUUUUACCAGAUGAAGUUGCAAAUGAUACAGUAUCUCUAUUAUCUCCUUCAAUUCUUGCACUUCAUGGCGAAGGAACUGAAUUAGAAAGACAAAUGUCUUUAACGAGAGCAUUAAAAUUAAUGGAAGAUACUGGACAAGAUGAAUGGAUGAAUUUUGUAUUAGAAGCUUCUGGAGUUACUGAAACUAUCGAUAAAAUUAGAGAAGCUGAAAGGAAAGAAGAAAUCGAAGAAAUGCGAAAAGAUUAUGUUGGAAAAGAUGGUGAACCAUUAUAUUUCACUCGAGAAAAUAUCACUGAAAUGUAUGGAGAAGAAGAAGCGUCAAAAUUGGAUUUUUUCGAUAGAUUCUAUAAAACUAUGACAGAUGAGCAAAUGAAAGAUAUGAAUACAACUGGCUAUUCGAUAAUGUCAAAUGAACAACUUGAGGGAAUGUAUGGUAAAAAAUCACCUUAUCGAAAUGAUGAAGCAUUGGAGAGAUUGAGUAAAAUUGAUCAUCGAGAUAUGCCUGAAAUGAUUGAACAUACUAUUCGAGGAUUAGCUAAAGAAGGUUACAAAUUCGAAGUUUCUCGAAAGGUUAGUUCAAAAAAUAAUUCGACACAAUAAAUUCAAACAAGAUCCCCACUAUCAUUUUUGGCCCCACACUUGAACCUAAUUUUAAUUCCCAUAAAAUUAAUAACUCUGAAAAUAAUUGCAACUUGAACUAUAUAUAUUUUCAGAAAGAUGUGGUUCUUAGCCCAUUUGUUCUUGCAUCAAUCGUAUUGGAUCCAGCAGCAGCUUCACAAUCACUCAUUUUAUCACCAAUUGUCCUAACUCCCCUUGUGCUCUCUCCUUCAAUUUAUGGAAAUGUCAUUCUUUCUCCAUGGGUAUUUGUUCCUGUCAUUGUAGCUCCUCGUAUUCUUGGAGCUGUUGUUCUUUCACCAGUUAUUUUCUCACCAAUUGUUCUCACUCCACUUUGUCUUGUUCCAGUUAUUCUUUCCCCAGUUGUUGGUCUACCAUUAAUUCUUUCACCAUUCGUUUUAUCACCGUUUAUUCUCUCACCAACUGUUAUGGCUCCAUUGGUUCUCUCCCCAUUUUGUUUAUCUCCAUUUAUCGGAAUUCCAAAUGUUCUAACACCUCUUAUUUUAUCCCCAUUUGUUUUAUCUCCCUUAAUUCUUUCACCUCCUUUUGUUUCCGCUUUUGUUUUGUCACCAUAUGCUUUGAGUCCCCCUGUUUUAUCAAAUGGUGCACUUUUUACAGCAGUUUUAUCGCCAAGUUGGUUGAGUACGUUAUAAUUUAUCUUGUAUCUAAUAAUAAUAAUAUUAAUAAAAGCAAUAAAUCAUCAAACCAAACAAAAAAUCGAAAGUUGUUUUGUGAUCAACCAGUUAGCUUUGUUUAAUCCAAUCAGAAACAACAAAUUAGGGUCGAGUAAGUUAGCUUGGGAGGAUGAAGCUUGAUAUUAUUUCUUCUCAAUAUUCUACAAAUCAAAAAUGACACGGUUAUUCAAAUUUAUAGUUAUUUUGUAUUAUUUUAUUGGUAUGUUAUUUUCCUAGUUAUUUUUUGUAUUUUCGAAUGUUUAGGCUUAACAUCGCACGAAACUAUUUCGAGAGAGAUAAUAAAAAAGUCAGUGAAAAAUGGAUCGAUUCCAAAAUUAUUGCUGCCAUUCGUUAAUAUUUCAGCAAUCGAAGAAGGAAAGAAUAAACAUAAUGGGGUAAUUUGUAGAUUCCAAAGUUUUCAAAAAUCCGAUAAUUUCUAGAGUCUGGAUUUCGUGAUACGCGAUGAAGAUGUUGCUGAUAUUCCAGAUGAUGAAGAUUCACAAGAUCUUCGAAUCAAUGAAAUAUAUGAUGAUGGAAAUAAAACAAUAAUUCGCAUAUCAGAUGAUGCGGCUCUUCAACUUUUCCAAAAAUGGGUAGAUCAAGCAGCAUCUGGAUUGAUGGCAGCAUUGGUUACGAAAAAGAUAAAUGAUGGAAAACUAUCAAAAUUUGAUAAAAAAGUUCAUGGAAAAUGUACUGAUUUAGCUAAAAAUCUGAAUUCUCAUGCUAAAUGUGUUGUUUCGAUUUUCAAAAAGAUCGAAGCUAGAAAACGGAAAUUAUGGAGAUAUAAAAAGCGAAGACAUCGAAGAAGAGUUCGAAGAGGAAUUUUGGAUGCUGAUGAAAGUGAUUUUAAGAUUGCCGUGAAACAGAAAAAACGAUAUCGUCUCAAAGAGAAAAAAGAUAAUAUGUCACCAUUUUCAACAAUUGCCAAAGGUUUAGUGAAAAUGAUGAUGGAGAAAAAAGGAAAACCAGGAGAGAAGCCGAAAAAAUGGAUGAAAGUGAUAAGAGAAAUUCGAGAUGAAGCAAAUCGAAUUAGAGAAAAGAAAAAAAGUAAUGCCGAGUUUCGAAAAAAGUUCCGAAAAUAUUCGAGAGUUAUGAAAGAUAUUGGAAUAAAUCCGAAUGAAGCAUUUCAAAAAAUGGGAAUGACUAAUUUUCUUGAAGAUGAGGAAACUCUGGAUUCUGAAAUAGAAAAACCUUUGAGUCAAGAAGAAAUUGCAACUAGAAAAUCAAUGUUGAUGAUAAGAGAAGGUGUGAAACUUGGAAUGAUGAUGGCUGGAAAAAAUGUGUCAAAUUUUGAUGAUCGAAAAAUUUCGAUAUUUUCACCUCAAUUUAUGAGUGUAUUUCCGGAUGAACAAGCAAAUGAUACUGUAAGUCGAGUAUUUUCCGAAUUUCGAAACAAUUCUUUUUUGUAGAUCAGUCUGUUUUCUCCUUCAGUUCUCGCUCUUCAUGAACAAGGAAAUGAUUUUGAUAACAAUAUUUCACUGUCUCGAGCAUUACGAUUUCUUUCUGAUACUGGUCAAGAAUCAUGGAUGAAUUUUGUUUUAGAAGCCUCUGGAGUAACAGAAGCUGUUGAGCAAAUGAGAGAACAAGAAAAACGAGAAGAAUUGAAUGAAUGGAGAAAACAAUUCACAAAUGAAAGAGGGCAGCCAAUGUAUUUUACAAAAGAAAAUGUGACUGAAAUGUAUGGAGAUUAUGAAGCAACUAAAAUUAAUAAAAUGCAAAAAUUACAUCGAAGUAUGACUUCGGAACAAAUGAAAGAAAUGAAUCAAACCGGAUAUUCUGUGAUGUCGAAAGAUCAAAUUGACGAAUUUUAUGGUCCCGGAUCACCUUAUAAUGAUUCAUAUGCUCAUAAAUUAUAUUCAAAUAUUUCACGAGAUAUGGUCAGUGAUUUACUCGAAUUAAAUGUGAAGAAAUUGGCUACUGAAGAAAUUGCAUUCAAAGUUUCAAGAAAAGUAUGUUUACUUUUGAAUAUGAAAACCACAGAAUAACAAUUCUUAUUUCAGAAAGAUAUAGUGCUCACCCCAGUUUUCUUCAGCUCACUUGUUCUUGUUCCCGAAACCGUGUCUCAAAGUAUAAUCCUCUCUCCUCUCGUAUUUUCUCCUCUCAUUUUAUCACCAUCAGCUCUCGGCCCAUUAAUUCUCUCUCCAUGGAUUUUCACUCCAUUAAUUGUUUCACCAAGAGUAUUAGGUCCCAUAAUCCUUUCUCCAACAAUUUUCAGUCCUUUAAUUCUUUCUCCAAUGUGUCUUGGUCCACUUAUAAUAUCUCCAGCAGUUGCAGUUCCAUUAAUCUUAUCUCCAUUUGUUUUGAAUCCAUUUAUUCUAACUCCAGUAGUAAUGGUUCCAUUUAUCCUAAAUCCAUUUUGUUUAUCUCCAUUAAUCGGAGUUCCAAAUACACUAUCCCCAUUUAUUCUUUCUCCAUUUGUUUUAUCUCCUCUUAUUUUGACCCCUCCAAUAGUCAAUGCAUUUGUUUUAUCACCCUAUGCAUUAUCACCGGUUAUUUGGUCUGAUGGAAAAUAUUUCACAGCGAUUUUAUCGCCAAGUUGGCUAAGUUCAGUUUAG